AUGAAUAGAGAGAGGAAACCCAUCCCUGAAGCGAAUAUUAUCGAUGUGGAGAGGAUCGAGGCGGGGUUGGAUACGAGGACUACGGUCAUGUUGAAGAACAUCCCAAAUAAGGCAAUGGCUAUAGAUGACCUCGAAGGAUUUGCAGAACUUUAUUGGGGCACCGUCGACUUUCUUUAUCUCCGUAUCGAUUUUCAGAAUCAGUGUAACGUCGGAUAUGCGUUCGUUAACUUCAUUGAGACCACAGACUUGCUGAAGUUUUGUAAGCAGUGCUUGGGCAAGAAGUGGAACAUGUUCCAAUCCGAGAAAGUGUUGCAAAUGAGUUAUGCCAAUUACCAGGGCAAAUCAGCUCUCGUCGAUAAAUUUAGGAAUAGCGCUGUUCUGAACGAACGUCCUGAAUGGCGCCCACAGCUCUUCCAUUCCGAAGGCCCCAGCAAGGGUCUUCCCCAUCCCUUCCCUGGUAGGUUCCAGUGUCCGAGCGCCUUGAUAGCUGUCCCUUAUAUUCGUUCUAGCAUCUAA